AAGAGGCAGAUUUUGCAUCCAGUUCAGAAAAUUCUGUGAAUUUAAACUAUAGUGUAAAUGAAAAUAAAUUUGGGAAUUUCGAACAAUCCAUAAAUGCGUGUGAAAGUAAAAGGCCCAAUAAAUGUAACAUCUGUAUGAAAACAUUUAAUCAUCAAAACGAGUUACGGAGACACAUAAGUUUACAUACAGAUGAUAAACUUCAUAACUGUGAUGUUUGUGGAAAGGCAUUCAGCCAGUCACAGUAUUUAAAGAGUCACAGGAGGACACAUACAGGUGAAAAAUCUUAUAAAUGUGAUGUGUGUGGAAAGAUAUUCAGCCAGUUGCAGUAUUUAACGAGUCACAUGAAAACACAUACAGGUGAAAAACCUUAUAACUGUGAUGUUUGUGGAAAGGCAUUCAGAUGGUCACAGUAUUUAAAGAAUCACAGGAGAACACAUACAGGUGAAAAACCUUAUAAAUGUGAUGUGUGUGGGAAGGCAUUCAAACUCUCAGAAACCUUAAAGAUGCACAUGAGGACACAUACAGGUGAUAAACCUUAUAAAUGUGAUGUGUGUGGGAAAGCAUUCACUCAGUCAAGUUCCUUACAUGCACACAUAAGGACAAAAACAGGUGAUAAAUCUUAUACUUGUGAUGUGUGUGGGAAAGCAUUCACUCAGUCAAGUUCCUUACAUGCACACAUGAGGACAAAAACAGGUGAUAAACCUUAUACAUGUGAUGUGUAUGGGAAGACAUUCAACAGAUUAAAUGCCUUAAAGGCACACAUGAGGACACAUACAGGUGAUAAACCUUUUGUAUGUGAUGUGUGUGGGGAAGCAUUCUCCCUCUCAGAAAACUUACAGAGGCACAUGAGGACACAUACAGGUGAAAAACCUUAUAAAUGUGAUGUAUGUGGGAUGGCUUUCAGCCAAUCACAGCACCUACAGAGUCACAUGAGGACACAUACAGGUGAUAAACCUUAUAUAUGUGAUGUUUGUGGGAAGGCAUUCAACCUCUCACAAAACUUAAAAAGGCACAUGAGGACACAUACAGGUGAAAAACCUUAUAAUUGUGGUGUAUGUUGGAAGGCUUUCUGCCAGUCACAGCACUUACAGUAUCACAUGAGGACACAUACAGUUGAUAAACCUUAUAAAUGUGAUGUGUGUGGGAAGGCAUUUUAUUGUUCAAAAAACUUUGAAAGACAUUGCAGGAUACAUAUUGUUGACAAACCUUAGAAAUGUGGUUUGUAUAAGAAAACGUUCUGUGAAAAAGCGGAUUUAAAUAAACACAUGAGGACAAAUACAUAUGAGAACUAUAUAAUGUGAUGUAUGUGAAAAGGAAUUCAAAUUAGGUAACUUACAGUCAUGGCCUCAGGGUCAGUGGUAAACAUGUAUUGCUAGGGCAGAUCUAUAUUGAUUUAAUGGUGAAAUUACAUUAUUUAUUUGAAAAUCUUCUCCGUUACUUUAUAAUAAACAAACUAACUACAUCGUAGCUGUGAACAGGAAUGGUUCUUCUUCAAAAUUUGUGAAUUUCUUGGCUGCUAGGUCAGGUAUUUGGUUUAAUGGCGGGACUCUAUUGAUUAUGUUGUGAAAAAGCAAUUCUUCUUUUAAAA